AUGGGGAAAGAGAAAGCGGGUUUGGUCGCAUUGCUGAUAAUUGUGUCGAGCUGGUGUGUAUCGUCGUCCUCCUACUCCUCUUCUUCUUCUUUCAGAGGAUCACUGAGUCAUCUUAAGUUCUGCUCUAAGGAAUUUGUCUACCUCAGCCAUUAUGGAAAGAAUUCCAAGCAGGUGACCACGUCCUGUGUGGCAUCCUCCAUGGAAGAACUACAGGAUUGGACAAUUAAGGUCAAAGUUCUCAACAAACUUUCUUCAGCUCGAGCUUCAGGAGCAGGUAGCGGCAGCAGAGUCUUAACAGAUUUGGUAGAGGGUCUAGAAGAAGCAGCUGUUGCUGUAGAAUUGAGGUUGAAGAUCAACCAGAGUCAUCCGGACUUAAAGAUCUUUCCGAGACUAUGGAGAGGCAGUGUUGAAGCUCUUGGAGUAAAUUAUGAAGGAGUAGUCCGGGUAUCUGGGUUUGGAGGAUGGUUCCUUCUGAGGCUCUCGCUUCAUGAUCCUGUUCUUCCUCUUAACAUUGAGGCACCAACUCACGAUGACGCUGUAAAACUUGGACUUGCCGUGCUUGGGGCUGUUAAGGAGUUUGCAGCUUUGGAUACAUCCGCUUUAGACAAGUUUGUUCAAGUAUCAUGAGCCGAUGAUGUAGAGCGCUUUGGUACAAGUAUCUUUCGGCACAUUAUACUGGCAGUUAAAGUCGGCUUUGGCGUCUACCUCUGAUUCUGAGGAGGUUCAUUUUUCGGAUGGUUUUGGUCACAGGCACUCGAAAUACAAGUUGAUGGCUAUGUUUACUUUAGUUUUUACUUAUGUUCCAUGUAUGCUACAGAGAUGUUCUGAUAAAUAAGAAACGUUCUUCGACUACAGAAUUUGUCGGAGGGAUGUUUGAAGUUGUGAUGCAACUA